UCCGUCUCCAGAUUCCUUAUGAAAUGCGCCAACGAAUCCGUGACGAUCGAACUGAAGAACGGCACAAUCGUGUCUGGCACAAUUACCUCCGUAUCACCCCAGAUGAACACAGCACUGCGCGCGGUCAAGAUGACGGUCAAGAACCGGAGUAACCCCUCGGCGCCGGGAGAUACGGUUCAGCUCGACACAAUCAAUAUCCGAGGGAGCACGAUUCGAUACUUUAUUCUGCCAGACUCGUUACCGCUGGACACGCUCUUAAUCGAUGAUCAGCCGAAGCCGAAGAACAAGGCGAGGAAAGAACAGGAAGGAGGUGGGGCUGGGGCCAGAGGGGCAAGGGGAAGGGGUGGUGGCAGAGGGCGCGGC